UUACGAUAUUGCCCUUGAAUGUCUUGUCCACUCCAUGAUGCACUUUGGGCACUCCUCACCUCACUGCGGAAGACUACCCUAAUUGCCCUCUUCUCUCUCCACAAAUCACUGCAAUUCAAGAAGGAGACUGAUCAAGCAGAUGGCGAGCGCUGUAGAUGCGGCGGGAAACCCGAUCCCCACAUCGGCGGUGUUGAUGGCAUCGUCGAAGCACAUUGGGAUUAGGUGCCACUCCGAGAACUUGGAGUUUCUCAAGUGCAAGAAGAAGGAUCAAAACCCCGAAAAGUGCCUCGAUAAGGGUCGCGAUGUUACUCGCUGUGUCCUUGGCCUUCUGAAGGAUCUACACCAAAAGUGCACAAAGGAGAUGGAUGAGUAUGUUGGCUGCAUGUAUUACCAUACAAAUGAAUUUGACUUAUGUCGCAAAGAGCAGCAAGCUUUCGAGCAAAAGUGCUCUUUGGAAUGAAAUUAUGCAGUGAUGUUGUCUAAAAUAAUAGCACAGGCAAUUUGGAGUGAGCAAAUGCGCCUGUUUUCCCAAAAUUCAUUGACCUUUGCUGUUUGUAUGACACUGUUGAAAUCUUUACCAUUGACUUAUGUUGUCUAAAUUUUUCUAGAAAAACGCUUCCAAGCAGGACCAAACAAAUCCUCAAGCAUAAUAACUGACAAGAAUUUUUUAAGUUAGAACAUGCUUGUAAUUUGAUUUCUA